UCUGACUAUGUUUGACUGAUACACACCAUCAACCUUUGAACUCUUUACUUUCAUUUAAGAACAGGUUUUGAAAGAACCAACAACAAGCAGAGUGAAUCUAACAAAAUGGCUGCGAUGUCCAACUCAGCACAAAGCCAUCCUGCUACAGAGUUGAGGAUUGUGUUGAUAGGAGGAAGAUAUAAUAACCUUCGCAGUGGUAAAAGUUUAGCUGGAAACUUCAUCCUGGGUCAAAAUGUUUUCAACACCAGCAGAAGAACAGCUCAGAGUGAAGCGAAGCAGCAGGAAGUGUUUGGCAGACGAGUCACAGUGGUUGAUACUCCAGGAUGGUGGUGGGGUUCCUCUAGAGAAGACACCUCAAAACUGGAUCAGAUAGAAAUCCAGAACAGUGUCCAUCUGUGUCCUCCAGGGCCUCAUGUAUUUCUUCUGGUCAUUCCUGUCAGUUUACAUUUAUCUCAGCGUGUCAAAGCAUCACUAAAGCAACACUUCGAGCUUUUUAAUGCAGAUGUUUUCAGUCCCACCAUCGUGUUGUUCACUGCACUUAAUCCAUGUAGUGAUGAAACUGUAGAAUCUAAAAUCAGAAGAAGUCCAGUCCUGCAGUGGAUUCUUCAACAAUGUGGAAACAGAAAACAUUUUCUCAACCUCAUUAACAGAGAAGAUAGAGAUCAAGUCAAGAAGCUUUUAGAGAAAAUUGAGACCCUGAUUACAAUCAAUGGAUUCAGACACUGUUCUGUUGACAGAAGUCAAGGAGAAACUCUGAGAAAAGAAAUGAGAGAUUUGACUGAAAGAGCCUCAAAAAGGUUUGAUCAAGUCCAGAAACAAAGAAACAAACUGAAGCUACAGAUUGAAGGUGGAAAAAUCCCUCCAAAACAUUUGAGAAUAGUGAUGAUAGGAGAGUCAUGUGCUGGAAAAAGCACAACAGGAAACAUCAUUCUAGGAAAAAAUGUGUUUAAAGUUCAUGAAAAGGUUGGCAGAAGAACAACCCACAGUGAAAUCAGUCAUGGUCUGGUUGAAGGAAGGCGGCUCACAGUGGUCGAUUCUCCUGGUUGGUUCUGCUUCAACACCCUUCAGGAAACCAGUGAGAUGGAUAAACUGGAAAUAGAGAACAGUGUGAAUCUGUGUCCUCCAGGACCACAUGCUGUGCUGCUGGUUGUUCCUGUGAUGAUCAACACUGAUGAAUCAUAUCUGAGAUCUGUUCAGGAACACAUGAGUCUGUUUAGAGAAGAAAUCUGGAAACACACACUUGUUCUAUUUACAUUUGGAGACUGGUUAGGAGUGAAGACUGUAGAGGAGCAAAUAGAGAGUGAUGAAGGUCUGCAGUGGAUAGUGAACAAGUGUGAGAACAGGUAUCAUGUCCUGAACAACAAGGACCACAGUGAUAAGACUCAGGUAAAGGAACUACUGGAGAAGAUUGAAGAGAUGUGGGCAGGAAAUGAAGAUCCUUACUAUGAAGUGGAGCUGGACCGAGCAGCAGAGCUAGAAACCAAGAGAGAGACUGGAGACAAGAUGGCCAGAAGGUUGAAGACGAUCAAUGAGAGACGAUCAAGAGUCCUGAAAGAGCUGAUUGGAGGUGAGAGACAUAAAAUAACUGACAUCAGGAUUGUUCUUGUUGGCCAGAAAUGUUCAGGGAAAAGUACAACUGGAAACAUGAUCCUGUUCAAUGAUCUUUUAAGCCUGACUCCUGACAGAGCUUGGUUGAAAAAGAUCUACCAAGAUCAUAGAGAAACUUCAACAUGUGUGAAACAUGAAGGAAACUUUGAUGGAGUAAAAGUCUCAGUUGUUGAAACUCCAGGCUGGUUCUCAGACCCAACACCACCUGACUGGAUCAAAGAUGAAGUUCUCCACAGUGUCUCCAUGUGUUCUCCUGGACCUCAUGUUUUUCUCCUGCUUGUUCCCAUCCUCAGAUCUUUCACAGAGAAAGAUCUCAAAGCUCUGCUGGAGAUCAUGAAGCCAUUAACAGAGAGAGUGUGGAGACACUGCAUGGUGCUGUUUACCAGGGGACACUGGAUCAAUGACGUCCCUGUAGAGAAUUACAUCGUCAGAGAGGGAAAGGAGCUCCAGGAGCUUCUGGAGAAAUGUGGGAACAGAUACCAUGUUCUAAAAAACUUUAAUUCUGAUUAUUCUGUUCAUGUCAAAGAGCUGUUCCAAAAAAUGAUUAAUAUGAUAAAACAAAACAAAGAAUGUUUCUCAGUUGAAGGCAAAAAAGAACAAAUUCUCAGUCUCCAUUGGCCACCAAAACAACAGACACUUACAGAACAAGAAUGGAAAAGGAGAGAACAGGAUCUGAUAGAGCGAGUGAUGAAAGCUUUAGCAAAGGAACCAGAAAAACCAACAGAACCUCAUGUGAGAACAGCAGAGAGCAAAGAUGACCGUUACAUUCCUUACAUGAGUGGAGAUGUUGCCUCAGACUAUGGGAGCAUUUCAGAGAACAGGAGACGACGAGGACAUGACCAAGUAGCUGAAUGGCUGAAUAACAAAGUGAGAGAGUCAGAGAUCAGCUCUGGGAUCGGCAGCAUUUGUUCCUCAAACACUUACAUGGAAAAUUUUGAUGAAAGUUCUGAAAUUGAUUAAAGUCAACAUACAAUUCAGUAAAAGAACAAAGUAUCAGCUUAGAUGAGUUUCUAAAAUAUCACCAAAAGGUUUCAAAUUAUUUUCUGAUAUAAAAACAUUUUAGGUAUUUCUAUAAAUAUUAACACUUAAAUAUUUAACUAGUUUUCAUCAUGCUUAUAUAGAUCUAAUCCAACCUUUUUAUACAUUGUUAAUAUUUGCAAAGGUUUAUUUUGUUUUACUAAACCAGCGUUGGAGAGGAAAUGUAGUAAAUAGUUGAUUAAACAGUAAAAUUAUUACUUAUUCAUUAAUUAUUACUUAUGCAUUAAGUUCUCAUGAAACCUACUGGAAGAUUUAUUUAAAAAACUCAUCAUGUUUUCUGCAAAGCUUAAUUAAAGUUUAAGAAGUUUAUUGCACAGAAAUAUUAGAUCAUUAAAGGUUUUAAAUGAAUAUUUUUUUAAAGACAAAGCAGUAAAUAGAAACUGGUUUCUGAGAUUAGCUUUAGAGCUACGAUCAAUCUGCUUGUAUUCAGAGUGAAUUUUUCUAACUAAAAAGUUUAGUUUGGAUAUUUAAGCUUUAAUGUCAUUGUUUUAAAUCUUAUUAAUGUUAUCAGUGAUAACAUAAGCAUGUAAGGAACAAAUGAGAUGUCAAGAAUCUCUUUUGGUUUGAUACAAACUCUUAAAACUCUUAUCCAGAAAAGUUUUAUAUUUCACUCCUAAGAUCUAGAGAAACUCAUAUUAGAUUAU